UAGUGCACAGUAUUCACACAGUUGGUUCAAGUGAACAAUUGAGAAGUUGUUGUGUUUUAAACGAAUAUAAGCGAUUACUUUUGCUUCAUCAGAGACAUUAUUGAACAAUUUGGAUUUAGCAUCGUCUUGAAAACUGAACAAGGAAUUAGUCAAAAUGCGUCUGAUACAGAACAUGUCAACCAUCGCGGAGUUUGCGACCCCAGAGUGUCCGUCUAACCGGACCAUCAAAAUAGCGGUGAUUGGGGGCAGCGGAGUUGGCAAAACAGCUCUGGUAGUAAGAUUCCUGACAAGGCGCUUUAUUGGCGACUAUGAGAGAAACGCAGGAAACCUUUAUUCAAGAGAGGUCCAAGUGGACGGAGAGCAGGCAGCCAUCCAAGUCCAGGACACGCCGGGUGUUGAUGUGACAUGCAACGGCCUCAGCCUCCCUGAUCAUGUGAGCUGCUCCAUCCAAUGGGCAGAUGCUGUGGUGUUGGUCUACUCUGUGACAGACCGCCAUAGCUUCGACCUGAUUGGCCAGUUGCACCAGCUGGUGGCCCGCGCGGGCGGGGCCAACGUGCCUCCUGUCAUCCUGCUGGCCAAUAAGGCAGACCUGCUGCACAUGAGGCGGGUGGAUGCCGAACAGGGCCCCUUGCUGGCGGCGGCGCUGGGCUGCUCCUUCUACGAGGUGUCAGCCAGCGAGGACUACAGCCAGGUGCAUGGGGCCUUCCACAGGCUGUGCUGCCACAUGGCCAAGCAGCAGCCCCAAGCCUCCCUGUCCUCCCACACCACAACUGGAGCAGCAGAAAAGAAGGGACGCUCACCCCUCAUCCCCAGGCCCAAGUCCCCCAACAUGCAGGACCUGAAGAGGCGCUUCAAGCAGGCUCUGUCGGCUAAAGUCAGGACGGUCACCUCUGUGUGAGAAGUACUUGGCUUCGUCUACUACACAACAUGGUCCAGAGUGGCUACAGAAAAUACAUUGAAUGAGGAGAAAUGAGGACAGAAGAUUCCUGUCUCGUUUGAGGACUCAAUCCUGUAUGGAUAGAGCAGCCUGACCUGCGACGAGCAGCAGAGACAAAAUGGAGGCUCAAGUUUGACCUCUGACCGAGGUCACGACCUGUGGGGUGAAACUGUUCACUGAGUCUGCAGACGUCUGCUAUGAGGGACAGCAGCUGGGCGGUGUUGGUAUGUCAGUCCACCAGAAGGGACAGAGGAGCUGAAUGAAGCCCAGACACACUCCAGAUUGUGUGAACACUGACAUCAUCUCCUGGUAACAAAAGCCUUGACGGACACUGCAGAGUAUUUUUAGCUGGCGGCAAUUUACAGUUAAAAAAAACCUCAGGCUGCCACUGCAUGGCAAUGCUAAAAGACACUGACAUUGUCAGACAAGCCAUGCACUUGAGUCAGAGUGCGUUCACUGUUCAGUUUCUCAUCUGUCAAACUCCUGUUCCCCAGUGCAUUCCUUGUACAACAGCCAAAACCAUCAUUCUGCACAUCAUGGUAGUGAACUAUGAGUGGAAGGCAGGAUCACUGUGGGGCAGCAGGGUAUGGGGCUGGGUGGGAUGUUGUGGUUAUUUGUAAUGCACUUUAAGAAAACCAAAUGGUUAACUUAUUUGUCAUACUUUUGAAAAUAAAAUGAUUGCAUUCAUGAUGA